AUGCUUAUCAACCAUUAUUUUGCAGCCCAACCUGUUUUUGGUGCAAAGCUUUUUCGACGUCGUUAUCGUAUGAGGCAGAAUGUUUUUUUGAAGCUGUAUAACGCAGUUGUUGAAAAGAAUGACUAUUUUCACCAGAAAUACGAUGCGCUAGGUGUUCCUGGACCUUCUGGCCUAAUUAAAGCGACAUGUGCACUUCGCCUUCUCUCUUAUGGGUGUCCAGCUGAUUCUCUUGAUGAGUCAAUCAACAUAGGUGAGCAAACUGCACUCAAUUCUCUGAAGCAUUUUUCUCAAACUGUUGUCGACAUUUUUGAGAACGAGUAUUUGAGGACACCCACUCCAGCUGAUGUUGAACGUCUGCUUGCUAAAGGAGCUCAACGAGGGUUUCCAGGUAUGUUGGGAUCCAUUGAUUGUAUGCAUUGGAUUUGGAAGAACUGUCCUACAGCAGAACAUGGGCAACAUAUGGGACACCAUAAGAAAGCUACUGUUAUUUUGGAAGCUGUUGCAGAUCAUGAGCUUUGGAUAUGGCACGCCUUUUUUGGAACGGCAGGUAGUUGCAACGAUCUCAAUGUCUUAGAAAACUCUCAUGUUUUUGAUGAUAUGGUAAAUGGCAGAUCGCCUCCUUGCAACUACCAGGUGAAUGGGAAUCAUUAUAAUAUGGGAUACUAUCUUUCUGAUGGUAUCUACCCACAGUGGGCUACUCUUAUUCAAACAGAGAGAUUUCCAGGGACGCGAAAGAAGAAAGUGUUUGCCAAAGCCCAAGAAGCUGUCAGAAAAGAUGUUGAGCGUGCAUUUGGUGUUUUGCAGGCUAGAUUUGCCAUGGUUGCAAGACCAGCACGUACCUGGAACAAGGCACAGCUUGGUAUAUUUAUGAAGGCAUGUUUGAUAAUGCAUAACAUGAUUAUUGAAGAUGAGAGGGAUAUUGUUCUUCCAAAGUGGAAGCCCCCUCGUGAUGAGCCUCCAUUACCUGUAAUAGUGGAGUUACAAUCAAACGAUGUGGAUGAG